UUGGUUCGAUUUGUCUGGAAACUGGCCACCACACCUUCACAUGGACACCUAGACAGCUGUGGACCACCUAAAACUACAGAGGAAGCCCCUCUAGGUUAAGGAGGGGAUUCUUCUUUUUUUUUUUACCUUGGACAUCGUCUCCAGAGACCAAGGACAGCUCCUCUUUUGCUUGGGCUCAUUGGUGUCCACCACAAAAAGGACUCAUUAUAUGGCCCCCUAUCCCCAGACCAUGAAUCCUGACCAUGAAGGGUCCCCAGGACCAAAUCCUAGACAACCAGAGGCCAGCAAGACAGAGUUGCCUUUGGCCAGCACUCCAGAAGUGACCAGCGGCUGGAAGUCUCCAGCCUUGACCUUCAGUGUGGAAUCCUUGAUCUCAGAAAGGAAGCCAGCCAAGAUACCACCACCACCACCACAAAGUGGGAGCCCAGCAGAUAUAAAGCAGCCCUCUCUUCAUCCCAGUUCUCCCAGUGCAGAUAAAACAUUCCCACCACUGGAAGGACUCCCUCCAUUAGCAGAAAAGUGCAAACAAGACCCCAACAGCCUGGGAGAAAAGGAUGGAGGCUCCUGGUACCAGAGUCCCCCCUACUCCUCACCUCCAAGACAACCCAGUCCUCCUCCGUGUACCCUGAGGAAGCACAAAAAUAACAGGAAGCCCCGGACCCCCUUCACCACCUCUCAGCUUCUAGCCCUCGAAAGGAAGUUCAGACAGAAACAGUAUUUGUCCAUAGCAGAGAGAGCGGAGUUCUCCAGUUCACUGAACCUCACAGAGACCCAGGUGAAGAUCUGGUUUCAGAACAGAAGAGCCAAAGCAAAGCGGCUUCAGGAGGCCGAACUGGAGAAAUUGAAACUGGCCGCCAAGCCGUUGCUACCGUCUUUUGCCCUUCCCUUCCCCCUGAGCGCCCAGUUGGGGUCUGUACCAUCGUAUGGGCCACCUAAUACCUUCCAGAGAUCUGCCCUACCCAUGCCUGGACUGUUCGCAUCACCUGUGACAUACGGAAUGUACUACCUGUCAUAAAGACUCGGGACUAUCUGUACCCUGUUGUAACUGGGUUGGGAUGGGACCUAAAUCCUCCUCAGAAAACUUGGGAGCAUCCCAAUUCCGACAAGUAGGAGAUACGGGAUUAAGACUCAAU